AUGACCACCUCAGUUGCUGCCCAGCCUGAGUUGGCAUUCCAACGCAAAAGCCGAACUGCGACUAUGGAGGCUGUCGAAGACAUCAUCUAUGGAUCGGUUGCCGGUAUUGCGGGCAAAUACAUCGAAUAUCCCUUCGACACCGUCAAGGUCCGACUCCAGAGCCAGCCCGACCACCUACCACUGCGGUACACCGGCCCCUUGGACUGCUUCCGACAAUCUAUCAAAUCCGAUGGCCUUCGCGGGCUAUACAGGGGAAUCAGUGCCCCUCUGUUUGGCGCGGCCGCAGAAACUAGCAGCCUCUUUCUGUUUGAAAGCGUAGGGCGAGAGCUUCUGUACAGGAGCAGCGUGGCUUCUCGUGACAAGGAAAUGACAUUGCCCUUGUUGUGGCUUACCGGCGCCAUAUCUGGAGUGUUCACGUCCUUUGUCCUGACGCCGAUUGAACUUGUCAAAUGCAGGAUUCAGGCGCCAGCCCUGUCUGAGGGAGCGCCAGUUGCCCCUCUACGGCCUACAGCUGUGAUCCGUGAGGUCUAUCGGCAUGAGGGCAUCAGAGGCUUUUGGCACGGCCAGCUUGGUACUCUGAUCCGGGAAGCUGGUGGCUGCUCGGCCUGGUUCGGGGCCAAAGAGACAGCCACAAAGGCAUUCUACAAAUUGCGGAUGCGAUCUGCCACCUCUGAGGCAGAGAAGGAGGCUAUUCGUUCGAAACCGCUUCCUCUUUGGCAACAGGCCAUUGCCGGCGCAUCGGGGGGCGUUUCCUACAACUUUCUGUUCUUCCCUGCCGAUACCAUCAAGUCGCGCAUGCAAACAUCGCCCGUGGGUGGUGUCCAACAACGCCGCGACUUUUGGAGCGAAGGCAGGGCCAUAUGGAGGCACCACGGACUGCGAGGUCUGUAUCGCGGCUGUGGCGUCACCUGCGCCAGGGCAGCGCCCAGCUCUGCAUUCAUUUUCAUUGUAUAUGACGGGCUAAAGCGCCAUGUCCCCAUGCAAUAA